UAUGCACUGAUUAUAUUUAAUCUACGGCUCAAGAUUCAAAUCAGAGUUGCUUUAGUGAAUCAAAAACACACACCGAGAUUGAUUCCUGUACAAACGAAUUAUUUAUUUUACUGAAUGAAAAACACAACGCUAUCAGUUUAUGAAUUGCAUACAGCGUGACCAUUGUUUGUCUGAUUGCUAAAUCAGUCACUCGCCUGUUUUUUUUUAGUCAAUUAAAAUAGCCAGUGUUGCACGAUUUCUGAAUGAAUCUUUAACGCUUAUGAGCCAGUUCUUUUUUUUAGUCAAUCAAAAACAUGCAACACUGUCAUUGUUUUCUUAAAGGGACAGUUCACCCAAAAAUUAUAUUACUCAGCAUCAUGUCGUUACAAACUUGUAAGACCUUAGUUCAUCUACAAAACACAAAUUAAGAUCUUUUUUUAAUAAAAUCCGAGAGCUCUCUGAACCUCCUAUAGACCAAGAUCGAGGUCUAGAAGCAUAGCAAGGACAUUGGUAAAAUAGUCCUUGUGACAUGGUGCCACUGCUUACGUUGAACACGCACAUAGUUGUUUACAUGAAGCGAAAGCAAUGCAUCAUUAUACUCUCUCUAUAUAAUUGUGGUACACACCAGCCGCGGCGCUACCAUUGGCCCACCCAUUUUAGGUCCAGGCCUUUGAGUAGUGAGUGAUUUUCAUUCUAGCGGUUCAUCCAAUAAGCAGUCUGGGGAAAGCUUUGAGUUAAAGAUUCUCAGCCAAUCAGCUGCUUCUACCCCACGUGUGGACUCUGCAUUGUCACCAUCAAGUGAUCCAAUGAAAUGAAUGACGUUGGCGGACAUCAUUCAUUCAAGACAGACACAGACAGGUUUGUUAAUAUGAAACGUAAAACAAAAAGCAGCUUAUUUUAUUUUUAAUUUCAGAAAGAAAUGCUCUGAGGAACAGCGGGAGGAAACUCAUGCAGUGCCGCAAAAAAGCGUUGGAACGGAGAUGAAGAGAAACCCUUUUUUUCUUUUUUUUUAAUAGGGGGGCUUAUUUUAACUGUCCCAACCAGUUUUCUGGAGGCCCAGCUACAAUACAAAUCCUGGCGCUGCUAGUGGUACACGCUACAGGAAAACAAGGAGAAGAAUUGUUGAAUUCUUUGUGCGCAAAAAGUAUUUUUUAGCUUUGUAAAAUUACGGUACGGUAGUUAAUGGUAGUUAACUUGCUGUCUAUGGGAGGUUCAGAGAGCUCUCGGAGUUCAUCGGAAAUAUCCUAAUUCAUGUUCUGAAGAUAAACAAACGUCUUAUGGGUUUUGAACGACAUGAGGGUGAUUUUUCAUAUUUGGGUGAACUAUCUUUUUAACCAAAAAAUAUGACUCUUAUUAGACCGUUCUUGUUAAUGAAUGAAUGAAACACAGAGAGCAUAAAGUCAGUUUCUUCUGGUUCUCGAGUGCACAAAUGACUCCUAUGAGCCAGUACUGUUGCAUACAAUUAAAUCGUACGACGAGUGAAUCGUGUUUUAGGGAAUUUCAUCUCCAUUCCUCAUUCACUUCCAUUGUAUGACACAGAGCAGUGUGAACAUUCUGCAAAACAUCUCCUUUUCGAGAUCCACAGAAGAAUGGAAGAAUGAAACCACAUGUAGAUGAGUAAAUGGUGCCAGAAUUGCCCCAAUCAUAGCAAACUAAUAUUAAGUUCUUGGCUCAAUUGACUCAGAAUACAUGCAACUCCCGUUCCUCGUGUUCCUGAAGGUUCUCAAUGGGGAGCCCAUUAUAAGACGCUCUAUUGAUUAUCACAGGCUCGAUCCAUUAUGAAUAAAUACUUGCCUUCAAUGGUGAUUGUGCACCCUGGGAAUAAUGAACAAACGUGAGAAUGCAGCGUGGGCUCCUGUUGAUCUCACGCCUCUCGUACUCACACACACACACACACACACACAUAUAAACCUCGAUUCUCCUCCGCUGCGCUCUCUCACGCACACGCUCCUCUCACAGUGUGAGAUGCGAUAAGAUGAGAUGACAUUAUCCGCAGAUCUCCCAUCAUGCCAAACGACACAGACGUGCCGCUGUCGGCGUGUGCUCUGGGACGCGGCUCGCGCAUCUCUCUCACCACGGUCUACAGCUUCAUGUGCGUUCUGGGAACCCUCCUCAACCUCCUGGUGAUCUAUUUGGUGGUGACGUUCAAGAAGCUUCGCACAGCCAGUAAUGCGUUUAUCGUGAACGGCUGCGUGGCGGACCUGCUGGUCUGUGCUUUCUGGAUGCCCCACGAAGCAGUGGCCACCUCCACUGGGACUAUUCUGGUGAUUGGCUACCAGGCGUUCAAAGAAGCGCUGCUGUUUCUGGGAAUCACCGUGUCGCUGCUCUCCCACUCGCUUAUUGCAGUCAACAGGUAUGUUUUGAUCACCAAAACCCCUGCGGUGUAUCAAAGCCUGUAUCAGAAGAGAAACACCGAAUGGAUGAUCGCAGGAUCGUGGUUGAUCUCCUUGGGCUCCUUGUUCCCGUGGAUCACGUCCUUUCGGUAUCCGCCCGAGAGGUGUCGGGACGCUGAAGAUGCUUCGUUCGCGAAGGGAACAUCGGUGUCUGUUUUGUCCAGUCGGUUUGCUGCCGGUACACUUGCGUUUACUAUCAUCGGACAGACUUUGGUCGUGGUGUACUGCUACUUUAAAAUCUUCCGCCGAGUGCAGAGGAGCGUGAAAAGAGUCAGUAUUUUGAAUUUCCAAAUCGUCAACAACCUUCCUUAUUCGUUCCCCAGAAAGGACAAGCGGCUCGGCUUUUACGUUCUCGCAGUGUGCUUUAUUUUUAUUCUUACGACCGAGCCGAUUUUUUGGGUUCUCGUCGCGGGAUUCUUUGCCCCGGUGUCCGUGGUGCUUUGGACGUCAACGUGGAUUGUGUUCUGCACUAUAUUCGUGUCCAAUCCCUUUCUGUACACUUGGAAGAAUGAGGAGUUUCGGAAGUCCUUCAGGUCGGUGAUGAGGGGAGACUUCCUGCGGGGGUCCACGGUUGGAGUCGAGCCCAUCACCAUCAGUGCUAUUUCUCACAUCUUCCCCAGACAAAACAGCCGCAGGGCAUUUCUGGGUGAGAUGAACUGAGCUAGACCUGCGGAAGCUUACGACUAGAACUGUGGCCAAAUUUCACUCGUGCUUCAACAGUCUGCUGGUGAUUUCUCAGUCACG